CAUGGCAAUUAAUUUUCAAGGUAAUGGAAUGAGAAUAUAUUGCAAGCUUUGUGCUGGAAUCUCUAGUGCAGUUCAACGUCAUUAGUUGGAGUGUCUUGUGCUCUUCUAACUUUGUCUUGACACCUAAGGAUUAGAAAGCGUUAUUUUCAAUAAGCUGUGAAGGCACUGUCAAAAAUGGAGCCAUUUUGAUCCCUAAAGUCAAGCAGCAGUAGGGGGCAAUUACUUCUCUAUAUAGUUCGGUGGCUCAUGAACCAACCAGCAAAUCUAGCUUCUGCAAUAUGGGAGUCUUUUAUCAAGAAGACCCACCAAAUUCUUCCAGGAAAUGCUUUCUAGCAGCUGCUUUGAAGGAUGCAUUCUGCAACUGCCAUACUUUUGGCAGACGCCUGCCAAAUUCCAACGCAGAGGACGAAAAUCCUGCGAGUGACCUCGAUGAUGAAGAGGAAGAAAUUGUAUCAGAAAUUAUAAGUCGAGCGAUGGAAAAGUUAAGACGAAAGACUAACCUGUCGGACAGCUUUUCCUGGGUUUUCUCACCUGCAACCAAAGAAUUGUAUAUUACUUCAAUGGAGAUUGAGAAAAUGGAUGAAUCUGGAAAUGAAGAUAACACAGGAGAUGAGUUCUUCUCUGUUCAGAGUUUUCUCACAUGUUGUUCAAGUGCUGCAACCAAUGAAGCAUUCUUUUCUGUGGAGGCCAACUUCUCCCGAUGUUCAAGCUUGAAUGGUCUUGAUUUUCUAGAUGAAGAUCUCCGCAGGCGCUCCAUCUUGCAAGAAUUCUGUCAUUGCGAAGGAUGGCCGUUCGGUCUUUGCAGGAAGGCAAUAUUACUUCCACCUCUCCCCAAGUCACCAUCUGAAUCUUGGUCAUGGAGUAAAGCCACCAAAGUCGUAAAGACGUAUUGAUGUCUAAAACAGUGCUAAGUUCUGUUUUUGUAUUCUUGUUUCUGUUCGCAAGAACUUGGGGAGCAAAAGAGCCCAACAUAGCUCCAAGCAGUUACAAAAUUCAUCAAGCUGUUGAUUUGAUUAUAUCUAACAAUAAACAUGUCUUAGCCCUC